AUGCCCCCCAAACUCUCCAAAAGCGCCAAACAAGACCUCAUCGUCUCCCACCUUCGCGCCACGCGCACCUGUCACACGCUCAAAGACCUCGAGAAGAUGCUCCCCUCGGUGGCCUCGAUCAACGGCAUGCAGGUAAAAGAAUACAUCCAGAUGCUGACGGACGAAAACCUCAUCCGGGUGGAAAAAAUCGGAAGCGGGAAUUGGUACUGGUGUUUCGGGAGCGACGAGAAAAAAGCGCGGGAGACUCGUCUCGGUCAACUCCAGAAGGAAGUGGAGAAGGCCCAAGCGAGCUACGACGACAUGGGAUCGUGUUUGGCCGAGCAGUUGGCGAAACGGGAGGCCGAAGCGAACGGGGGCGGGGGCGAGUCCGGCGGUGACGGAAAUAAUGAGGAUGAGAGAGACACUCUACAGUACCAGAAAGGGGUAUUAGAGAAGCAGGUUCAGCAAUUACAGGCGCAGUGGAAGGCUGUCAUGCCGUCUACGGGCGAUGGAGAGUGGAAGAGCGUGCAGGAGAAAAAGGCCGAAUUGGGGACGCUGCGACAGACGGUGCAGCAGUGGACGGACAACAUCUACAUUCUGGAGGAGUACCUGGGUAAGCUGGCCGGCGGGGAUCGGGAAAUUAUCGCGGCGGUGCAGCAGGAGUGUUAUGGGGAGGAAUAUGUGGAGGGCGAGGGAUUGCGGGAGAUAUAA